UAAUAUUUUGGUUUUGUGGAGAUUGCUUAGCGUGCGAACUAUAUUUUACAUUUUAUUCGCAAAUUAAUUUGUUUUACUACAAUAAAGUGAAUUGGUGGCUUUUAUAAUUGCGUAGUUUGUCAUAUUUGUCAAAAUGAACGUGUUACCAGCUCAACCUAUUGGAAUACAGAGCACAGCUGGAGCUGUGCCUGUGAGAAAUGAAAAGGGUGAGAUAUCUAUGCAAAAGGUGAAAGUGCAGCGAUACAUAUCUGGAAAGAAACCGGACUAUGCCCAAGGAGUAUCCUCAUCUGAGGAGUCUGACACCGAAGACUUCAUAGAGCAACAGCGGCCAGAACGCCGACAGACUCUGCCUCAAGUCAUUAGCAGAAAGGAGGAACAUCACAGCGAAUCAGAGGAGGAGCAGGUCGACGACCCGCGUCUCCGGCGCCUCAGGCAAGCGGCGCACUCGCCGCAGCGCCGGCCCGAGCACGAGCCUGAGAUCAUCGACGCCGAGCCUGGCCCUGAGUCGGAGUCCGACGAGCAGCAGGCGCGCGACAGCUCCGAGAGCGAGGAUGAGCUGGACGAAGAGGAGAUCGAGCGACGACGGCAAGCGCUCAAAGCUAAACUCGCAGCUAGGGAAGCAGAGAAGGAGGUGCUGGGCCGCGAUGAGGACGAGGAGAUGCUGGAUGGAGACAAGGAGGAGAGUGGCUCCUCUGACACUGAGUACACGGACAGCGAGGAGGAUACAGGUCCGCGGGUGAAGCCAGUAUUCGUCAGAGCAUCAGAAAGAAUGACGGUUGCCGAGAGGGAACGUAAAGUGAGACAACAGAAGAAAGAAGAGGCGGAGGCGCGGAAAGAGAAGGAAGAGAGGAGACGAGAGGCGCUCAAACUUGUCGAGGAGACCAUACGGGCUGAGCAGCGGAAUACACAGGGUGAGCUGAAGGAAGGCAACAUCAACGACGUGUGCACGGACGAUGAGAACGACGAACUGGAGUACGAGGCGUGGAAACUUCGCGAGAUGAAGCGCAUCAAACGUGAUAAGGAGGAGAGAGAAGCGUUGGAGAAGGAGAUGCUGGCGCUGGAGCGCGUGCGCAACAUGUCGGAGGAGGAGCGCCGCGUGGAGUUCCGCGUCAACCCGAAGCAGGUCACCAACAAGGCAGUCAAGGGCAAAUACAAGUUCCUGCAGAAGUACUACCACAGAGGUGCGUUCUACCUGGACAAAGAGGAUGAGGUGUUCAAACAAGACUUCUCUGGAGCCACCCUGGACGAUCACUUCGACAAGACUGUACUGCCUAAGGUGAUGCAAGUAAAGAAAUUCGGUCGGUCUGGCCGCACGAAAUACACCCACCUGGUGGAUCAGGAUACGACGGAGUUUGACUCCGCGUGGAGCAAUGAGGGUGCCGCGUCGCGGCUCAACAACUACCGCGGCGGCAUGAAGCAGGUGUUCGAACGACCCUCCGCCAAGAGGAAGCAUCAUGUCUAGUGAAGAAAGACACAGAAAGGAAGACAGAGAAGGAAGACUAGUCGUAUGUUUCAACGUCAUUGAUGAUUUUCCACUGUGUUAUAUUAUAACAUAACGACUGUAUCCCAAUUGGGGUAGUCAGAGGUUUACCUCUGGGUGAUGUUGAGGUGAUGGAUGUAUCCAUCGCAAGAUGAACCAAGUACCCAUACCUUACUAAACUUUCUGUUAGACCAACGUGAUAGGUCUAUAAAGGGCGAGCCAACUGUGUUUGGCCAACAUUGGUGCAAGUUCGGGUAGUGUAAUCUAUAUACCUACAAUGACUAAACUAAUGAACUACCUCAAAAAUAUCUGCGGACAAUAAUGUUGCUAUCUAAAAUUAAAUGUUGUGCGGUCACGAGCAUUACUAUGUAUACACUUUGGUACCAUGUCACAGUAACUUUUUUGACAAAUUGAACUGUAAGUCUCACUAAAUGUCAAAUAUGUUAGUGCGACAGAGUUCUAAAGUGGGUACAUUAUAUUGCUCAUGACUCUACUGACUCAAGCUAUGUACUAAGAUCGCUAGUUGUGUACAAAUUGCUGCAACAUUCAUGUGAAUGACCACACACUACGAUAUAAUGUCUACGUAACUAUAAAACGUGUUCUCCCAAAAGCAACCUUAUUCUACCACUGUCUUAGAAUACAGUGUAUGAAAUUCGCCUUUUCUCUAUCAUGUGAAAUGGAGUAGAACUAAUAACGCAAGUUUAGGUUAAGAUUUGUAAAUAGUAGACUUAAUUUUGAUGAAAAUAAACAUUAUUAUGAAUUUGAA